UACUGCUUUUGGGACUGGGAAGGGUUAAUGCCCAAAGGCCAAACGCUGGGUGUUCGUCUCUUCUUGUGUAGAUAGAGAGGCCAGCAGAGGGAAGCCGAGAAGCUGCAGAGAAGCGCACCAUGGCGGAAUUCACUGGAAGAGACAUUUAUCAGGCAGAGUUUGACCCCAGAGCCUAUCUGGAAUAUUUCAACUUUGGAGAAUGUACCUUGGGGGAUGAAGCCACUGAAUUUUACCUGAAACACCUUUGCAAGACCUUUGCUUCAGGGCGCCUGAAAGGCGACACGCUGGUUGACCUGGGCAGUGGCCCCACCAUUCACCAGUUCCUCUCCGCCUGCGAGUCCUUUGGCAGCAUCAUAGCCUCAGAGCCUGUUGAUCGAAACCGCCAGGAAAUAGAGAAGUGGCUGAAGAACAAACCGGGAGCUUUUGACUGGACCCCAAUUGUGAAGUAUGUCUGUGAGCUGGAAGGAAACAGGGACAAAUGGGCCGAGAAGGAGGCCAAGCUGAGAAGAACCCUCAAGCAGGUUCUGGAUGGUGACGUCCUUCGGAGCAACCCCCUGGAACCGGUGACCUUGCCCCAGGCUGACUGCCUGCUCGAUGUAGAAUGCCUGGAGGCUGCCUGCAAGGACCUCAGCGCCUUGCGGGCUGCUCUGAAGAACAUCAGCUCCCUGCUGAAGCUCGGUGGAGCCCUGGUGUCGGCUGGGGUUUUGGGGUGCAGUUUCUACAUGGUCGGCCCCCGCAAGUUCUCCUUCUUGGUCUUGACCGAGGAGAUCCUGAGAGAUGCUCUCAACACAAGUGGAUUUGCUGUUGUGGAGUUUCAGUCAGAGCCCAGAUUUACCAAGAAUAUGUUUAACCUCUGUGAUUACUCUGGUAAAUAUUUCUUCAUUGCCCGCAAAGAGAAGGAGUGUGGGAGCUGCACUGCACCUCGUAGGGCAGGGGCCCAAGACACUGGUGAUGGGAAAGGGUCCCUGCCAGGCAUCCCCUGGUCUUGGUCCCAAGACCCACCAGCUCACCAGUACGUUUUUGCCCUCCUCAAGUAUGCAGGCUCAGGUUCCCCAGUUGUACCCAGCCCAUUAUGCCUCUUGGGCCCCUCACCCAUUAUGGCCGCAGCCUUCACCGAGAAAGACUGCUAUGUUCAGCAUUUUAUCCCAAAAGAAUACCUGGAAACGUAUUUUUCUUUCCAUCCUGAGAAAGAAAAAGGAACUGCCCUUCAAGUUUUUGGCCUCAAAAAUUUUCACAAGGCAUUCCAUUCGGGUGGCAUUAAAGGAGACACCCUGAUUGAUAUUGGAAGCGGACCCACCAUCUACCAGUUCCUCUCUGCCUGCGAGUCCUUCCGAGAGAUCAUUGCUACAGAAUAUACGGAUGAAAACCGGGAGGAGCUGCAGCGGUGGCUGAGGAAGGAGCCGGGAGCUUUUGACUGGAGUCCAGUAGUGAAGUACCUCUGCGAGCUGGAAGGGGACAGAGAAAAGUGGGUCCAAAAGGAAGAGAAGGUCCGAAAGGCCAUCAAGCGAGUCCUGAAGUGUGACGUGACCCAGCCCAACCCUUUGGCCCCUCUGUCUCUCCCUCCAGCUGACUGUGUCCUCUCCGCAAGGUGCCUGGAAGCAGCUUGCAAAGACUUGCCCACCUACCGCUCUUCCCUGAAGAACAUGAGCUCCCUCGUAAAACCUGGGGGGUAUCUGGUCUUAUUUGUUGUCCUGGAAGGAACCUUCUACAUAGUUGGUCAGCACCGAUUCUCUUGCCUCUACUUAGAUCAGAAAUGUGUAGAGGAAGCCGUGAAAGAGGCUGGCUUUGAUAUUGAGUGGCUGGAGGCGACUAAGUUCAACUUUCCAGCAACUCUGUUUGAUGGUAAGGGGUCGUGUGUGCUGGUUGCCAGGAAACGCUGA